CUGGAAAGCCUUCCAAACGAACUGUUACUCGAAAUCGUCAAUCAGCUGUUCCUCGAAUCCAUUGAUCAAGUUCGCAGCAUCAGCCUGGUCAGCCGGCGCUGCCAUCGCCUUGCCAACGAGCUCCUAUACAGCGCCUACGCCCGGAACCGUGGAGACCCAGCUCUCUUCAUCCGCACACUUGCAUCCGUGCCUGACCUUGCACGAUGCGUCAGAAGCGUCGAUUGGGACUGUAGACCUCUGCACAGCAAUACCCUCGUCACUAGCGAUGUCUUUUGGUUCACUGACGAUUUGACGUGCACGGAGCGUCGUGUUAUCACGAAUGCGUUAGUCUCGGAGCGUUGCUGCAAUACAGAUAGCCUGGACCAGCAACUGACCGACCUUGGAACGGACGCAUACCUGAACCUGUUCCUAUCAUUCACUCCGCACGUACGUCGUAUCCGCAUUGCUAUCCCGUUCAUGUGGAAUUAUAACGCAAUCUGGUUCAAGCCAGCGCUGGAUUCCCUCAUCCUCAAAAAUCUUACCAAAUCACAUAUUGUCGGUCCAUUGAGCAUUCGAAACGUUAUUCCAUUGUUCGUUCUGCCGUCGCUACAAAGUCUAACCUUGGACCAUGUGGCACACGAUCGAAACAGAAUCUUACACGGUACGCCACUGGAAUGGCACGCCUACGAUAUAGUCUUUGAAAAGCUGCAGUUACAAGGUUCAAACAUCGAAGAAUUCGUCGUACAAAACUGUAGCAUCGACACGGUGGACAUGGCUCGUUUGAUGGGAUUGUUUCGCAAUCUCAAAACAUUUGAAUUCGAGUUUACCGGUCAUGGCCAAGACAAAGAUAACGUAGACUUGGCAUAUCUUCUCAAUGCUGUCACACAACAGAAAAAGUCUCUCACAUCGCUGUCUCUCAAAGACUGUCGUCUGGCAUCGGAUCGAUAUAUCCUCCAAGAACUGAGCAAACUCGAGCACUUGGAAUACCUCUUGCUUGACAUCACGAUGCUUUGUGGCUCCUAUCUGCAUGACCCCACUGUCGAGCUCCUAUCGAGUCUGCUGCAACAAUUGCCUAGGCGUUUGGGACGUCUCCAUCUAAUAGCCAACGAUCCUGACGACGACGAGCUGAGACCUUCCAUCGGCUUCAGCGAUGCAUUGCAAGCGCUUGCACCAGGCAUCAAGAAUAUAUUUCCCGCCUUGCACACACUUGGCAUCGUCGGCUGGGACCCGUUACUAGGCACUUUCACCUGUCAGACCAAGGUCAAGGCUAUGCAGCUGGCAUUUGCCGAGGCUGGAGUGGAGCUUACGCAGCAACCAUGCAGUCUCGAGAAUAGCAACGAGAAUGAUCUAGCCACUCUACGCCUAGUGGAUGCAGAAGAGGACUGGCUUUGGGUUCAGUGGGUG